AUGCUCAUCGUAUUCCUGCAAGUGCUGCUGGAAGAGGCUAAGGCAGACGCUGCUGACAUCGGGAUCAUCACGAUGUACGGCGAAGUUGUUCGCCGCAUCGAGCAACAGUUGAGGGCACACAACAUUCGUAAUGUGCAGGUGGCGAAGGCAAGGUCUGACCCAGAGGCUUCGACCGUGGACGCCUUCCAAGGCCGGCAGAAGAAGAUUAUCCUGCUCCUCUUCGUCGCGGCAUUCGCUAACCGGGGCCGAGAUCCAUUUGGGUUCGUCAAGGACGCGAAUCGUCUAAACGUUGCUACUACGCGUAGCGAGGAGUUCCAUUUCAUGUUUGGCGACCUCGACAUGUGGAAAACCUGGAUGGUGGCUAAUCAGACUCUUGGUCUCUCCUCUUCGGCUGCCAUUCAGCGUGUAGUGAACUGGGUGAUCAGUCAUGGUCAGGUGGUAGACUGGAUGCGCGUAAAUGCUGCACUGCAUCGCCGUUAUCCAGGGAAAGACUUCGAGGAGGAUUAA